AUGACCAUUCCGGUCUUUCGUCAGCUGAGGGACGGCAGGUUUUGCUGCUCUCCCUGUCAAUGCAAGAAGUCAAGAGGAUUUGUGGUCCAAGAAGAAAGAAGAUGUAUCUACAAGUGCAAACUUCUCGAAGGAGGAAUUACGAACGCUAAAGGUUUUCACAGGGCCGCUGAACGAACAGAAUGGAAGCUGAAAGGAACAACGCAGCGCGAGGGACACGGUGCACGCGGUGCAAUUCCUACGACGUCUCUUCCAUAGGAGCUUCACAUCGAGAUGGGCAGUAAUGGCGUUCAUUGUUAUGGGCAACCUCGUCGAACUGGUCUCGUCAACCGCAAGCAACUUUGUUACUUCUGUAUUGGUAUUACAUUCGACAAAUGAUUAGUUCAAUCACUAUUGUGUGUUCAAGUAUUGUGUACUGUGUGUACUCGUAACUCUUACAAAGUUGGAGACUAUCAUUGUCAUUUUGUCAUCACAGCAUUAUUGCAAAUUCUUGCGUAACGGUCUCUUGUUAGUUAUCUCCGAAGGCGUGAGCCAUCUCAGUUAUUAGUUGAUUACUUGUAAGAAUGAUACCAGAUAUUGUGCAGUGUGUAUUAGUUUUGCUGUUUAUUUGGGACCAUCCCAUCAUUGUACAUGAGCUGACGAAUGAACC